GAAGAGGCGACAGGGCGGUGGCGGGUGUGAGAUUCCGAUGAGUGAUGAUGAUGAUGCGUUGAGGGCGUCCAUUGCUGCGGCUGCCAGUGCCGCGCAUCGUUUCUACACGGAUAUCAGUGCUGACGUGGACGAUGAAUGCGUUGCAGCCUCGUUGCAGGCCCGUCUUACGGAGUUGGUUCGGGCGACGUGCGAGUUGGAGGGUAGUGCACGGCUGCGCCUCAGCUAUUCGCCGUUGUGUGAGUUGCUCCGCUACAGUGCGCUGCUGCUGAAGUGCCCGGGUACGCCGCUGUUGGCGCAUCUGUGGCUGUGUUUUCGAGUGCCUGAAGCUCUCUCUUCGCGAUCAGCUUGGCCCACAGAGCCUGAUCGACAUAUUGCGACUGCUUCAGGUUGUUGCCGUUGCAUUUGGUUGUGCAGUGCUACUAAAUACUGCUCAUGCCUAUACUCUCUGUGUUUCAGGUGCUUACGUACGAGAGGAGCGUCGUGCUCGGCUCAUGGACCAGUGCCCUUCAUUUGUGCCGAGGAACCCGAAUGGCUUCCCUACUGCCUGGCCGUGCUUUGCAAUCUGGCCACUCGUUCCACCUCCUCAUCGUACAAGGCAUUCAGUCAGAAGCUGCUGAAGCUAUUGGCCCACGACUCGCGCACUGUGGUCAUCUCCUCUCUUGUUCUCGUUGGCUUUUUGGAGGAGAAACUCCGAGACACGCGACUAGUGAUCCGUGAUGCUUCGAGCGUAGGCGCUUUCCUUGAAACAUGCACUGGUAGUUGCUCGUUGAGACGCACAACUAUAGGCAGAAAAUUGCAGGUGCAUUCGAUUCCAGCGAUCACAUCGACCGGCAAAAAUCUUGCCUCUUAUUCGUAUUUCGAGCAGAGCAUUCAGCUUGUUGCCAAUCUCCUUGUUCAGAUUGAUCCGCGCACUGAAGAGUCGCUGAAAGUGUAUGAUGUACUGUUAUCGUUUUGUUCUGUCUCGCAACUGCGAUGCGCAACAGCUCCAGCCGUGCUGCGAUGCCAGGCGCCGGAGAGAUCAGCGACGCCGGCGUCGGAGAGAUCAACGACGCCGGUUUUAGCAAUCUGCAACACAGCAGGCAUGUCGUUCGAAGAAGCAAUUGAGCCUGAGGUGCCGCUCAGGGCCAUUCGCCUUCUCAUAUUUCUGUUGCAGGAUUUGCUGGAAAAGAAUGGCCGUGUGCGUGAUGCACUGCCUUGUGAGUGCAUUCUGCGGCUUAUUGAGCAGAGUUCGAAGACGGCUGUCGAGACAGUCAGCGAUUGCGUGAGGUUUCAGUGCAACAGAAUAGCCGAGGGACUGCGUCUUGCCGAAAUUGUCUCGAAUGACGACGAUUUGAGAGCGGAUCUGCUGGAAGUGCUCAGUGCGCCUCUGUGCUCGCACAUUGUUGAAUCUCAGAUGAUUUCGAAUCCAGUGGUCACCUUCCACAUCAGCCAGCAGCAGCAGCCAGUGGCUCCUCAUCGCACCGAUGCUGUGCCCCCUUGGUGCAUUGAUGGUGUGGCAAUCGUCUUGGAAAUGCUGAGGCUUUUGGCGACUUUAAAGGAUCAUUCGAAACCCCACAAAGAUUUGUACUGGAAAUUAUUAAAGGAUGAUCGUUUGGUACCAUUUGUUGCAUACGCCUUGGCUCAUGGAGGCUAUAAACUGACGCAUGAAGCUUUGCUUCUUUAUACACACUGUGCCCAAAUUCACUCUUUCCCAACAAAAUGGUACAUGGAAUUUCGCAUUCUUUGAUU